GAAAAAUUAUUGUUUGUUUGUUUGUUUUCCAAAACACAUAAAAGCAUUGGUGGCUUAUAGCAGAUGUGUUUUAUUUUAGAUGCAGUCCCCAGAAGAAGGCAAAGUCCAUCUGGUGAACGCCCUAACAUGUCAGAGAGAAUCAACACUUUGCCUAAGCUGAAUGUUGUAUUGUGUGGAAAUGACAGCAGAUUAAAAUCUUUCAUAUUAAACCUGAUCCUGAAUCAGAGUAAGAGAAGAUCAGAGCCAGAAGAUGAAGAGAUGAGAAGCUCAGAUUGUGUGAGGUUAAAUGGUGAAGUGUGUGGACAUCUGAUGACUCUGGUGAAGCUUCCAGCUCUGUUUAACCCUCGACUCUCAGAUGAAGAAAUAAUGCGUCAGGCUCUUAGCUGUGUGUCUCUCUGUGAUCCUGGAGUUCAUGUGUUUCUCUUCAUUAUUGAUGAUGACCCUACUGAAAAAUCCAGCUAA